AUGAAAACAUAUAUCAAGGAGAAGAGGUUAGGAGAAGGGACAUAUGCAGUAAUAUAUCUUGGGUAUAGAGCUCUUCCUCAAGACAAGCCUUUUGUGAACACCGGGACAAGAAUAGAAGAUACUCCAGUGGCGAUAAAGAGAGUAAAGCCGACAAAGUACACACAGGGGCAUGAGAUAAGUGCUAUAAGGGAAAUCAAGGCCCUGAAGAGAAUAAGUAGUAAAUAUGUUGUUAAGCUAUUGGAUGCUUUUAUACACGAUAAGUGUGUUCACAUAGUUUUAGAAUACGUUGAGACCAAUCUUGAGAAUGUAAUAAGAAAUACCGAUAAAAUUAUCAUGCCUGGGGAUAUCAAGGCAUGGAUGCUAAUGAUAUUGAGGGGGGUUUAUGAGUGCCAUAAGCUAUUUAUAAUCCAUCGGGAUAUCAAGCCGAACAAUAUACUUAUUACAGCUGAGGGAAUGGUUAAGCUGGCAGAUUUCGGACUUACUAGGGGGAUAAGAAAUAAAAUGACACCACAGGCGGUGACUAGGUGGUACAGAGCACCGGAGCUUCUCAUGGGAUCGAGGGACUAUGGAAGCCCUUCUGACAUGUGGUCUGUAGGAUGUGUAUUUGCGGAGUUAUUUUUGAGGGUUCCUUUAUUUGGAGGUGACACAGAUAUUCACCAAUUAGAUAUGAUCUUUAGAGCUCUUGGAACACCUACAGAAAAGGAAUGGCCGGGAGUAUCCACCCUACCUGAGUUUCUUGAGUUUCAGCAGUAUGCCAAGAUAUCCUUAGGUUCUCUAUUUUCAGCAGCAUCUUCUGAUGCAUUAGAUUUGUUAGAAAGGCUUCUUACUCUAAAUCCAUGUAAUAGAAUCAACUGCGAUGAUGCCAUAAAGCAUCCCUACUUUAAAUCGCUACCUCUACCUACACCCAUAGGAAAGUUACCUGUGUAA